AUGAUCAAGUUUCGGUAUAAACGUAAGGAGUCGAGUGAUGGCGGCAAGAGUGGUACGGCUAUACAGAAGCAGAAGAUCGAGGGUCUCAGAGACCGGGAGUUGCUGCCACCAAAGGACAUGCUGCUGACAGGCUCGCUAGCCGGAGUGAGGAACAACACACUCCCGCGCUCGCGACCCUCGUCGGCAGCGAGGCGCGAGCCACCUGAAACACCGCUCAGCCAAACCACUAUAUCGCUGUUUAGAGAAUUGUUCACUCAACUGCAAUGGUCUGCGGAGCGCGCACCAGCCGCGGACGGCCUCCGUCGAGCGCUGGGUGGCGGUGGCGCUCGCUUCCAGCUCGGCUGUAUGGCCGACGCCAGCGAGUGCUUCGAGCACUUACUUCUCCGAGUCCACGCCCACGUGGCGGCCGGCUCCGGUGACCGAAGAGACGAUGACGCCUGCAGAGCUCCGCACUGUGUACCCCACCGAAAGUUCGCCAUGAUGCUAGUCGAACAGUCUGUAUGCAGCGCCUGCCAAGCUACGUCCGAACCCUUGCCAUUCACUCAGAUGGUCCACUAUGUGUCAGCUACAGCUCUAACAGCACAAGCUGCGCUGGGUGAACAUGGAGACAGCUUUGGGCUGCUACUAAGAAAAGCAGGAGGAAUGGGCGACAUUAGAGACUGUCCGAAUGCUUGCGGAGCGAAAAUUCAGAUAUGCAGAACGCUAAUGAACCGUCCAGAAGUGGUGUCAAUUGGCAUGGUCUGGGAUUCCGAGAGACCGUCGGCGGAGCACGUGGCGGCGGUGUACAGCGCGCUGGGCACGGAGCUGCGGCCUACGGACGCCUUCCACGCCUGCGUGGACCGCGCCUGGGCAGCGCGCGCCACGCACCGCCUCGUCGGCCUCGUCACUUACUACGGCAAGCACUACUCCACCUUCUUCUUCCAUAGUAAACUCCGCCUAUGGAUAUACUUCGAUGAUGCGGAUGUUAAAGAAAUAGGUCCGGAGUGGUCACACGUCGUAGAAAAAUGUCAAAGAGGACGAUUCCAACCGCUCCUCCUGUUAUACGCUGCGGUUGAUGGAACGCCGUGUGACACUCGUCAUGCUCCAAAAGAUGUAGUUCCAUUCCCGGCGCCAGAACCUCGCCGAGCAGUCACGCCAGCUCCAGAGCGGCCAGCGACGGGAUUCGCUCGACGAGCGGUCACUCCAGGCCCAGAUAAUGAAAGUGAUUAUGUCAGUAGAAAAGCCGUGGAGAAUAUGUUAGAAGUUCAAGCCAAUCGUCGAGCACAACUCAAUCGAAGUUUGAGCACUGGCUCAGGGUCAGAUAGUCAAGAGAGGCCACGAGCACGAAGAGACUCUGGUAACUGGAGUGGCGAUCGCAACAGUGCGUCAUCCGCUUCCUCGUCGACGGCAGAGAGCCCAUACAUGUAUCCUAGAGGUCGAGGUGCGGGCAGCGUUCCAGGCAGUCCUACGCGUAAAGGGGAACUCUCAAGUGGAGGCUCUUGUGAUGCUGGAUACGACUCAUAUUCUCUGUCUUCUACAGACAGUCUACCUCUGCAACAAGGUCUACGCCACAACUUGCAACUGGCUCAAAUACCAGAAAUAACUACACGUGGUGAAUGUGAAGCGCUUUGCUUGGAAGCCGACAGGCUGCUAGAAAAAUCUCGCAAUGCAGAAGACUCUGCUGAUUACGAAACAGCGCUAGUACUUUGUGACGCUGCUGCAUCUAAAGCUCGUGCAGCAAUGGACGCACCUUACAACAAUCGUCACAUGGUGACUUUUGCUCGUAUGAAACACAAUACAUGUGUAAUGCGGGCACGUAGUCUCCAAAGACGAAUGGCGGGAAUGACUAGGGUGACGGAAAUUCCUCAGGCUGCUCCAAUCAGAAAUACUAAGGGUGGGCUUGAAGCGUCGCCUAUGACUAUUGAAAUCUAUGCCACAUUACCCAAAAAGAAGGGUUCGUCUAAAAAAUCACCCAAAUGUAUUGAUGAUGAUAUAGAUACAGUGACACGGGAGCGUCCCCCGAGGCACAAAUCUAGAGACGAUGAUAAAGUAAGAGAAAAGCGAUCUAGAAGUGAAGAUCGAAGUCGUGCUCGGAAAGAAGUUCCUGUGGUUAAAGCUGCAGAGAAAAAAGAAGAAACCGCUGAAGAUAAAAAGGCCAACAAGAAACAACAUAAAAUUCGAAGAAAGCUUUUGAUGGGUGGCCUGAUACGAAGGAAAAAUCGAUCAAUGCCUGAUUUAACAGAAGGUGCUGACGGUAACAACGAGGCAGCUAACAAAGAGAAGCGAGUCUCUUCCGUCGAUGAUACGGAAGUUGGCAGGACGACGGAAGAUAAAACAAACCUAAGUGGCUAUUUAUCUGAAGGGCACUUAGAAUACUCAGUGGCAAGUGGUACUAAUCCUAAUCUCGAAAGGAGUAAACUUAUGAGAAAAAGUUUCCACGGCAGUGCAGGUAAAAUGCUGACGGCCGCAAAAGUUCCACCACCACCGCCACUUCGAACGACUUCCCAACUCACAGGGUCUAAGUACACUUAUUCAGAACAUGGAAAAGGUACAUAUCCAACAGAAAUUGAAGAAGAUGGUGGAUUCUCGGAACAAUAUGGAGAUGAACCACAUUCGCUCCCGUUCCUACAUCCGUAUGACGACAAGUCCAACAGUCAUUACGAUAGGUUAGAUACGUCACCAGCGCAAAACUUCCACACAGUAGUGACGAAGGCUAUGAUCCACCAAGAACAAAGUCCGGUAAAAAGAGAAACAAUGCAGCCUAUGAUGCCCUCUCAACAUACGAUUCAAAAUCUGACCCACACCUUUGAUAACGGAGUGGACGUGGUAGACUGCGCAAUGCCAUCGCGGAGAUCUCCGACUAUGUUCGAACUUCCUCCAUACCCGAGUCCCAUGAACUCCGUAAACCAUUCACGUCAGCCUAGUGAAGAAUUUCCCCCACCUCCACCGCCCAUUGAUUUAACGCCACUCCAUGAUGAACUUGAAAAGAUUCAGACAAUCAAUGAAAUGUCAAAUGAUCUGGAGGUGGCAAAAGGCACUCUAUUAGCAAGCUUGCAAGAGAAAAGAAAUCAAAUCUUACGAAACGAACAGUGUGCUCCACAAAUAGCUCAGGUUGAAAAGCUAAACGUCCACCCAUCUUUGUUGAAAGAGCUGCAAGCGAAGCAAGCGUCUUUCAAGUUAAAGAGGUCUGGUUCUUUAGAAGGACAACUGUCAAGUUCUGUAGACGCCCAUAAUCUCUAUGAAACCAGUAGCAACGUAAGAAAUAUUGCUUCACGAUUUGAAAACAACACUCAAAAUUCGUCACAAGACGCCGAUAGAACGCAUAUAGGUUUCGGCAUGAGCGGAAAUAGAGAUGUCAUAAAUUGCUCAGAUCAGUCUAACGCUGGGCUCAAUCGGAGAGCUUCAGCAUCAUCUAUUGAUCCCAAACAAAUAGAAGAGGAACAAUGUGACCCGAAAUCUACCAACAAUACGUACGGCGACCGAUCUAAACCCAAGAAGAAAUCAGUAUCUUUCUGUGACCAAGUCAUCUUAGUGUCUACAGCUGAAGACCAAGAAGAUGAUAGUUACAUACCGAACCCUAUCUUAGAGAGAGUUUUAAAAUCCGCGAUGAACAAGCCUGAGUUGACGACUAUGCCUCUCCAGUCGGAGAAACCAUCACUACAACGACAAGACUCCUUUGACAGUCAGUCAUCCCGCUCAACGAUAUCCUCGUUAUCUCAAAACUCGUUUGUUCCCAGCGAGAACUCACACGCAGAGUACGUCAGAUUACAAAACAAUUAUCCAGCGUAUCAAAUGCCGCCAAAUCGUUUACAACAGCAGUACAAUGCACAAAAGAAUAAUAGUGUUUACGGUACGAACUCGCCGGUACAAACUACUCCAAAUCAAAACGGAGUAAAUAGUAAUCAGAUUUACCAAACACUGCCAAAUAAUACGCAACAGAACACCACCAGCCCGAUACCGUACAACCAGCCGCCGUCAGUUUAUCCCAAUCAUAGCAAUGCUAGCCCACCGAACUUUAGCCAAACUCCUGCCAACAGACUGACGCCGACGCACAACCCCGCAUAUAUGUCUAAGCACCCCGUUAACCUACAGAGACCCGCAACCAGCGCGGGCCACCCAGCCUCUCAGCUGCACCCCAUGAACCAGGCCAUCAACAACGCGUACUACCACAGAGUCCCUCAAACAUCCUGCCCCUCGACGAUUCCCAGCAACAACUACUCUACGAACCGGCAGUACGGCCACAAUAUGCCAAACACCAACCAUUCGCCUUAUCAAACCGUGCCCACCAACUCACCAGCUUACCAGAGCUACCACAACCCACCGACAAGCUAUGCGAGCUCCGAAUAUUCUAGUCGAUAUCCACAGGCUAACAGUACAAACCAUUACACUCAGUCACCGUAUCAAAGGGUGCCGCCGCCACACGGCGAUGUGCCUGUAGAAAACUAUAACGCAUUUCCACAAAAAAUAUCUAACAACUACUACGUAGACAACCAGUCUGGCCAGCAGCGAGUCCAGGAGACGAGGCACUACGCCAACACUCAGCAUCAGCGCUCCGUGUACAGCCAAAACAUGAAUGUUGAUAGUAAUGUAAACAGCGAGCAAGUGGGCCAGUACCAGUAUGCUCAGAACGGUUACAAUCCGUAUCAGCACAUGCCACCUCCUAAACAGAUACAAAAGAAGUCCGUGUCGUUCGAGCCGGGCACGAAGGGCGGCACGGACUCACCCGUACCGCCACAAAUGAACGGCAGCCCGCCGUACCCGGCCGGCGACGCGCAACCCAUGCAGAAGACAGUAUGCAACUUGUGUCGUAAGAAGGCUAUCAACCCACCGGCGAUGUAUUGCCCCGAUUGUGAUUUUUAUAUGUCUAGGUUCAAACCCCGCUCAUAG